AGCGCGUUCAUUGUUUCGUGUUGAAGAUAAGAAUGAUGAAUAGAAUUAUUUUCCUUUGUGUGGUAUUAGCUUGCGUGUGGAAGCCUUCAUAUGCAAAAAAGAAAUGUGUACUACCAAGUCCACAGAAGAUAAACUGGAGCAGGCUAACUGGAAAGUGGUAUAAUAUUCUCAAUAGAAAGACUCCUGGAGACAGAUUAGUCAAAUGUUUACAACUGAGAGAUUUCGAAAAGAAUAAAGCGGGCUUCUCCUACGUUAUUGAAGACUAUCACUUGAAUACUGGAACGUACGGAGGUGUUAAAGUCAAUUUCAAGUUGAAAAAGUCAGGAAUUUAUACGCCUAUACCCAAAGUAGCAACAGGACUGAAAUGGUUGAAAAUCGUUGGGAAAGACACUCCUCAUCGCAGAGUUUCUAAACCAGUCAAACACGAGUUGAUGGCAAUGUCGACUUCGAAUAUUGUCUUUCUCACUGACUACAAGAAUUAUGUCAUGGACAUCCGAUGCAGUGCAAAUGGAGAAAAGAUGAUUUGGGUUAUGAGUAGAAAUCCGCAUCCUGGACCAGAAGAUAUUCUUCGAAUAACUAACAAACUAAACAAAAUCGGAAGAGGUUGGAACGAUUUCCCUCUGUUCGUAACAGGAUGCACUAAAACUUCCGGCCUGCAUAAUUUUAAACAUGCAUAGAUGAGCCUGAUAUCACCAUAAACUUUUCUGAUUAUAAAAUAUAUAUAAACUGGAUUUUACAAUAUUUAAUUUCUAAUAUGGUUAAUAAAGCAUAGAAAAAUUUGAGAUUUAUGUGAUUUUACAAUAGGGAAUUAUUACACGUAUAAUUUGAAUUUUACCCAGAUUGUCAUGUUUAAAGUGUGCAUAACUAUUAAUUCUACAAAACCAAUUUAUUGAAAUGAUUUGAUUUCCAUUUAUAGAUUUAAUCAUGUACUAAUUCAAAGCAUAUCAGUCAGCUGAAAAAAAA